CUCACGUUCAGUCUGCAUGCACUUUUUGCGAUACAUUUGCUUGUCAAACGUUACUUAAAUGAUAGUGGUGGUAAUUGAAUUCUUCUGAUAACCAUGCCUAUGAAAGGACGGUUCCCCAUUCGGAGAACCCUUGAGUAUCUUCAGAAAGGGGAAAUCGUCUUUAAAAACAGAGUAAAGAUCAUGACGGUGAAUUAUAACACGCAUGGGGAGCUAAGCGAUGGAGCAAGGAAGUUUGUGUUUUUUAAUAUUCCACAAAUUCAAUACAAAAAUCCGUGGGUCCAAAUCAUGAUGUUCAAAAACAUGACUCCAUCGCCAUUCGUCAAGUUUUACCUUGAUGAUGGUGAGCAAGUUUUGGUAGAUGUUGAAGGAAAGGACCACAAAGAAAUCAACCAGCACAUCAAGAAGAUUUUGGGAAAGACUGAGGAGGUGCUGAAUGCUGAAGCUCAAGCUAGGAUGGUGGCUUCGAAUCCAGCCAACUUUGGGCCCAAGAAGUACUGCCUGAAGGAGUGCAUGUGUGAGGUGGAGGGACAGGUGCCAUGCCCAUCAUUGGUGCCUCUGCCUAAAGAGAUGACAGGCAAGUUUAAGACCCAGAUGAAAGCAGCCCAGGACUGAAGGAGAACAGUUGGGACUCUUGUAUAUACUGGACUGUACACACUGCUGCUGUUUGUUUUUGUACAAUAAAGAACUGAAAAGGCCAUCUGGUACUUUAUGAAAGAGUUCUAUCACAAGGAAACUUUCAAUACCGCACAUUUUUGCCCACCAGGCUUUAUAUUAUAGAUUUUGGCUCAGUGGAGUCAGUUGUGUCUCAACAAUUUAAACAAAUAGAUUUCACAGUCUGAAUCACAAUCUGAAUCCUAAUGAUUAUCAAUAAGAGUUGACUGAAAGCUUUACAAACUUUUGCCCCUGUCAGAACCAGGGUCAUUUAUGUCUUAAUGGUGUAAUUGUUGUGUUGGCUCUUUGGACCGCCUGGACAUUACGGACAUAUAUGUACAUAUGGGCUUGGCUUUGAGCAAUAAUUUAAAUUUUUAAGAAAAGAUGCAUUAUUUACAUGUUAAGCACAAGUCAGUUUUAUUAGUGCAGACUGACAACUCCUUUAGAUGCAGACGGAGUACAGGCAACGCUAUUGUAAGCUACAUUUAAAAUCAUUUACAUUUGUCACAAAUACAUAAUUUCUUUUUUACAAGUUGUACUGUUGUCUUUUCAGCCACAAUGGAGUAGUGUGUUUCAGUGGAACAGAAGGACAGCUUAAAUGAAAUAUUGUUUAAUAUAACUAAGAAAAGCCUAAAUACAACUACGAUAUUAGUAAAACAAAGUCUUGUUAACACAUGGAUAGACAAGAAAGAAUUGGGGCUUGUCAAUGGUAUGCAUAAUACUGCAUUACUUUAGUGUUAAAUGAUACAUUUGCCUAUGUAAGAAAAAGACAUCAGACAACACCUAUCAAAGUUACAUCUUAAAACUAACCAACAAAAGCAGAUGCUGUCGCUGCUAAUACAAUCCUAUCUCUGACCAUACAACCUCAUGCACACACACAAAUGGUAAGAUUGUUUUAUUUUAUUUUUCAUGUUCUCCAUCACUCCCUCUUUAGCAAUGUUGCCUUGGAAACAAGGGUGUAUUUUUGGCUCCAGAGACGAGGUGUGGAUUGUUUUGACAAAUAUGGAGAGUCUGUGUUUGAUUGUGUUAGGAAAUACGUUAUGGAAAACCAGGCUCCACAUAUGGUGUCUGGUUACCAGUCAUUGUGUAGGACAUUUUAAAUAUUUGGAUGAGGAAGAAAAAAAAGGCAAGGGGAUGAGCAAUUUUCUUUUG